AUGAGGAAAAGCGAUAUUGUCGUCUCCGAGUUAGCAUCGAAUACAACAUUAUGUUUCCGAGUCUCUUAUGGAGGGAUUUUUGGCUAUUCCAGUGCAACGACCGCUCAACCAAUACUUAUCGAGCUCUCAAGCUGGUACGAUAUUGCUGGACGGCCAGACGGCUGGAGUGAGAACUUAGAGUGCAUGAAGAAGCUUGUUGAUGAUGUUGCGCGACAUCGACAAUCUCCUGUCUGGAGAACAGGAUCAAUACUUUAUACCGACGGUAAAGUUCUAUGUACAAAUGACGACUGUUUACCCCUGAUUCAGGUUGAUAAUAACGUCACUACUAUUGCAAAUGAGGAUUUUCUCUGGCUGAUGAAGAUGUCUUUUUGUUGGGAGGAACUCGGAACCCUGUCAGAUUCAGUCCCCGAUAAUUCAAAUAUCGAUACCUGUCUCAGGUAACC